ACACAGGUCACAUGAUGCAGACUCACGCGCUACACUAAAUCUUAAAGAAUCUUUUGUUGUUUUUGUUUUGUGUGUGUCGUUUUAAGUAGAGAGAUAAGAGCUGCAGCUGGUGUCCACCGGGCGGGAAGUCAGAAAAAAAAGGACGGGUAAAGAGAAAGGUUCAGACUGCAGAGCUUUGGGAUCAUUCAGUGCUAAAAUCAGCCCGGAAGUAGCUUCAGAAGCUAGCAGCUAACUCGACUGCAGCUACAAGAGGUUAGCCUGCAGCUCAGGUACAAGUGUCAGGUUCGGGCUGCUGUCCCUCACAUAGAGGCAGAGGACAUGGAGGAUGAAGGACUUUCGUCCCAGAGCCAACUUCCAGGUCUGCAGAAGCAGGAGGUUCUGCAGAGCUCCACCUCGGAUCAGAACCUGUGUGUGGAUAAACUGACAGAAGGACUUUUGUCUCACUACUUACCAGACCUGAAGAACUCUAAACGAGCCCUCCAGGAGCUGACACAGAACCAGCUGAUCCUCUUAGACACUCUGGACCAGGAAGUCACCAAGUUCAGGGAAUGUAACUCCGUACUGGACCUCAACUCUCUGUUCACAGAAGCCAAAGUUUAUCAGAACAAACUGGUGACCAUCAGGAAGGAGAUGAUCGUGCUGCACGAGAAGACAACGAAACUGAAGAAACGAGCUCUGAAGCUGCAGCAGCAGAAGCAGAAGGAGGCGCUGGAGAAGGAGCAGCAGAAGGAGAAGGAGCUUGAGAGAGAGAGGCAGCUGACGGCCAGACCUGCCAAGAGAUCCUGAAUGUUUCCUCUGCAGAAGCUCGCUCUGCAGCUCAGGAUCUGGACAGAGGUGGCGCUCUGCAGAACCUCCUGCUGCAGAUCUGUCAGACAUCUGGAUGUUUUCUAUCUGACCUUUGACCUGGCAGCACUGCACAGUCUCACAUUUUCUCCUCUUCAUCUCACUUCUGGGUCAAAUAAAUAAUUUUUAUUUUUUACAUUUUUUAUCAAACUCACCAGCCUCCACAAACG